CAAAAGAAAACCCAUCCUUCUAACUGUUAGGCCCAUCUUCGUCCCACGGCGGCCCUGGUCUUCGGCCGCCAUCUCCUCUUCCCCUACUGAAAAACAUGGCUUCUGGCGGCGGCGACGAGGUGGAAGUCAAUGGAGCGUUCAUAGGAGCAGGCUGUAACAUAAUGGUGAACAACGUUCCUUGGGGAGCCUGUGAUUUAGUGGCUUUCGGCGCUCAAAACGCGGUCGCUAUUGCAAUCUUCUCCCCUAAGGUGCCUCGAAAGUCCAAAGAUGCACUUCCUCUUUCGAUUUUCCAUAACCGGAGAAAUGCCGGACUCCGCUUCCUUUUUGUUCUCCUCAAUUUCCGAAUUUCACAGUCCCGCACAAAUUUUGACGACACUUUCCGGUCACAAAUUUCAUGGGCUAGAUCCGGCGAUUAUAUAAAUUCAGUCGGCCAUGACCAGGUGCUAAUAUGUCGCCUCUUGGGCUUUCGCCGAAACCUAUUGCUGUUCACUGUGAGUCUUUCUUCAAUCUUCCCCCAUUGACUGGCUGUCUCUCAGUUCAGCUUGGGUGAUCAUCCUCUCUCAGUCAACUGUUUGGCAAGAAAGCAAACGGAGAAGAGUGAAUAGUGCAGGAAGCUGCAACUUGUAUCCCGUGGCACGAACCACUGUGUGAAGAGUGUUUGAGGUAAAUGUUCCUGUUAUGAAAAGGUAUGUAUCUUUGUAUUGCUUGUUUUUGUGGAUUAUGAUCACUUUCAAUUUUGCCCCCACAGAAAGUGGCACUUAACUGAAAUUGUUUCCUCUUGUAUUUGGGCUGCUAAUCUGUAUAUUCAUUUCCAUUUCUGAAAAACUUUGGAGUAAAUAACAAAUUAUACCUUCC